UAAAAUAUUAAUAAUAAUUGUAACAAUAAUGAUAAUAAGAAUAAAAUAUUAAUAAUAUAUUAUAAUAUUAAAUAAGUGUGCAGAAAGUAGCAGCGAUUUGUUUCCUUGAAUAUUAUUUGUACUUUGUAAAGAUCAUAUGUUUUAUUUAACUUUUAUCUAUGGACGUUCGUGUCACAGACCUCUAUAUAAAAUAACGUGAAUUUUGACAUCAGUGAAAUUUUCUUUGUAAAUAUAAUUGAUACUAUUGCUAUUUAGAGAUAUUUAUAUAAGUGGAAAGAAACAAAUAUCAUAGAUUUGUUUUUGUUAGUUGCUACAAACGAGAAUAUUUAACAUUAUUCGGUAUAUUAUCAUACUUCCAUGCUUAAAGAUUAAAUUUACCUAUAUACUUGAAGCUUAAUAAAAUUUGUUCCACAGUGUAAUUAUCGAAUGGAAUGCUGGUAGGGAAUAGGUUAAUGGAAAGUAUAUGUAAAUGAAAUUUUUCGAUUGGUUUUUGCAGCAGUUACGAUGCCACAGUUCAGUGGCGGUCCAGUGGAGUUUAUGACCUGCGAUGACAUUGAAUACAAAAGAGACGAUGGUUGGUUUCUAUCGUAUACAAAGAUAGCUGCAAUUAUAGUAGUGUUCAUAAUCGGCGUCGUUGCUGCGGGAUUCCUUGGAUGGUACAUAAACUCCCUACCAAAGAAGAAACCUUACGAUACCAUAGAUUUGUUUAAUGACGAAAUCGAGAGCACGGAUAGUAUUCCAGAGACUCUGGCCUCACCUUUCAUUCAUCCCUUGAAGUAUCGUCUUCAACUAAUGCCAAUGAUUAACAUAAACAGCGUGUCAUGGCUGAAGGGUUCCGUAGUUAUCGAGUUUCGAGUAAACGACAGGGCUGGUUUAACUGAACUGUCCUUAAACGCGAAGAACAUCACGGUAACUGGCUAUAAAUUGUCGUCGCUGGAGCAUGGAGACGAUAAAACGCGAUUGAAGAAGAAACGAAAGAGGAAAGUUACACGCACCAUAUAUUCCGCUGAGAACGACGUUACUUUAACACUAAUGGGAAACGAAACCGUUUUGUACGAAGAAAAUGCAAAACAAUCGUCAGAAAAUUUAUCGUUCGUUGAGGAACCCGCGAUACCUUCACUAAUAAGCGACAAAGUGAAUACAAACGAAACUGAUAUUAUAAAAAUACAACCCGAUGUAUCAGAUGUUUCUACGUCGGAUAUAAAGAUUGCACAAUACUCGACAGACGACAAUAAAGAUAUACAUAGAAUUUCCUUGGAGACGCCAAUUCAAGAAGGAAUUUAUUCGUUGAAAAUUGAUUAUCAAGUCUUGAUUGAUGAGAGUGCGUUCUUUAUCGCAAAUUACAGUGAAGAGGAACAAUGGUUGAUGGGAACCAAGUUAAGACGUUUCGGGGCCAAAUAUCUUUUGCCAGUUUUUGAUGACAGCGAUCAGAAGGUUGUUUUCUCUGUAUCAGUGGUGCAUCCGAAAGAACUGAACGUCCUCUCGAAUAUGCCUUUAAGAACUCUGAGAGAUACCGAUAUUUCGACAAUGGUGAUGGACACGUUCGACGAAUCGCUGCCAUUGUCGCCUCACAAUUUAGCAUUUGUGAUGGGUCACAUUCAGAAUAUGGGGGCGACAUUCAUAACAGACACCAAAGUAGUUGCAACGUUCUGGAGCAAUUCGAGGAGACACUCGCAAGGGAUUUACCUCUUCGAUAAACUCGAGCCGGCUGUCAUUAACCUGAUUGACGUGUUCCCGAUACCUUAUGCCCUGCCUAAGUUGGAUCUAGUCUCUCUGCCACCGGGGAUCGACGAGAGCAUUGCCGGUCCGGGACUAAUUGCAAUGAAGAAGUCGAUAUUCUUCACCUUCGAAACAUCGCCAGUGGUCAGUAAAGACACUGCUCUAAGAUCUCUGGUGAAUUUGUACGGGCAACAAUUGCUCGACGAAUUUAUGAAUGUUAAUCGAACGGAUUCGUGGCUGUUCGAGGGUUCGUUGCUUUAUUUUCAACACGCAGUUACUCCAAAGAUAGAUUUGUCAUUGAAUUUGAGCAAUUCGUUCGUCACCGAUGUGCAGAUGCAAGUCAUGGAUAUUGAUAGUUACAGCAUCUCAAGGCCACUACAUGAAAACAUCAAUUAUCGACUGUCGCAUUCACUUAGCGACGAAUAUGCAAAAAGUGCAUGUCUGAUACGCAUGUUGCAUGGUGCAAUAGGUGACACAGCCUUUAGGAAUGGCUACAAGAAAUUGGUGAAUAGGUGGAAAUAUAAUACUACAUAUGUCGCCGAUUUUAUAACUGUCAUGGCGGAAGAAUCAGAACUUCCGUUACCGUAUGGUGUUACCUUAGAAGAUUCGAUGUAUUCUUGGACUUCUCAAGGCGGGUAUCCUCUCGUUACUGUCAUUAGAAAUUAUGAGGAUGACUCUGUUACUAUAUAUCAGGAACAAUAUACCUUAGACAGGCCAUUAGAAAAUGUUUCUAAACUUUGGCACAUUCCACUCAGGUACAUUAUAGAAAAUGGCAACUGGUCAGACCCUAUAGACAUAUUCUUCCCACAAGAGCCAAAAUUGAUUUUAAACAAUGUUACCUCCAAUGACUCCUGGAUUCUUUUUAACAUAAAUAAAACUGGUUACUAUCGAGUCAAUUAUGACGAAAAAAAUUGGAUACUACUCAAAACAUCAUUGCAAGUAAAUCACGAGGUAUUCCCGCCAGAAACGAGAGCAUCACUCAUAGACGAUGUUUUUAGCCUCGCUGCGGUGGGCACGAUGAAAUAUGAGACUGUCUUUGACUUUAUUAAAUAUAUGCAAAUCAAGGAGAGGCAUUAUCUGCCUUGGACGGUGUUGAUGCGACACGCCUUCAAAUUAAAUAGACUUCUCUACGAAACUUCAAUUUUCACUAAUUUUCAGGAAUUUAUGGUGGAUUUUAUAUCUCCGUUAUACACUGAGGUGGGAUCAAAAAUUGAAGAAGGUUCACAUCUCACGAAAAUCGCUAUGAAAAUGGCGUGUAUGUUUGAGCAUACAGAAUGCUUGGAGUGGACCAGGAAUAUAUUCGAAAAUGCAAAGAAUGAAACUGAAAUUCAGGAAACUGUUCCCUCGUACAUCCGGAGAACAUUUUACUGUCUCGUUGCACGUUAUAGUGCAAGACAGGAAUGGAAUUACUUCACACAGAGAGUAGCGAUGCUCGAAGAUGAGGAAGAGAGAAAACGUGUACUGAAGUCAUUCGCUUGCUUCCAAACGCCUUGGAUUUUACAAGCUAUUCUCAACGAAAUUCUUCACGAAGAAACAUUCAAACCAGAUGAAAUCUUAGUAAUUUUGAAAUCGUUCCCUCAAAAUCCUGCUGCAGCACAAGCUGCGUCUCGGUUUGUACGAGCUAAUUGGCAAGAAAUUGAGCAAAAAUUCUCUGGGUCCUAUUCAAUGCUGAAAGCUUUCGUGUUGUCGAUGAGUAACGGCUUAACAACUGAACAAGACUUGGAGGACCUUCAAGCAUUCAGAGAAAAUAAUUAUGAAAGUAUGAAAGGAACUAGAUACGCAGCAGCACUCGUCGAAGCAAAUGGGAAUUUUAUAAUAUCGUGGUUGCAAAAUUCAUUACCGCAAAUUGAGAAGCUACUGAAACCAGAAGAUUCGAAUAAAACAUCGAUUUCAUGAGUAGAAAGAUAUUAACAUUUAGAAUUUUAAUUUCAUCAAGUUAUACACGUUUUCUUUUUAAAAGAAGGAAACUUUAAGGAUGUAAUAUUGUUUUAUUAGUUAUCAUGGUAAAUUUAGUCAUUUAUAUUUUUCUUUGCCCGAUAAUAAAUAUUUACCAAAUAUUUUUGAUAAGAAAUAGAUAAAUUAAGUUAAACAUUUCAGAAUAUUGUUAAUUAAAUGACAGAAAGAUAUUUUCAAUUAAUGGUAAACAAUUCGCUUAUUUCUGAACGCUUGAUAUUACUUAAUUGAAUAAUUCAUAACAGAAUAAUUAUGAAUAAUAUUUAAACUACUGAAAGGAUUAAAGUAUGCUGAAAAAUGUUUAUUUAUUAUUUCUUAAUACCGUAACUAUGCUGUACUUAACGGUAAACAUUUCAGUACAUAAAAAUAUAUACUGUGCUCUUUGUUGAAUACUCGA